UAGGCAGCCCAUGUAAGUACCCAGGUACCCAAGCAGGUCCCGGCCCAAGGCACCUACAUAGCUGUGAUACGUACCAACACGCCUGGCCAUGAUACCCUCCCACACCCCAACCUACCUCACGGGCCCUCCCCACAUGAUUUCCCAUCCCCCAGCAUGAGGCACGAUGGUUCUCUGCUCCCACCCAGCCCAAGAUUUUGCCCUGCUAUCCAACAGCCACUCUACCCCGCUAGCCUCACCCCCUGCGUGGCAUCCCUCCCGCCUCCGAGGAUGCCUCAUGCCCUCGACCCAGCCUUUUGGGUCACCUCCCCACCCUAGCAGAACACCAUUCCCUGUCCACCGAUACACACACCUUCUAGGCUACCGCAAAUCGCUGCACCACCGGUUCCGGCUGCAUCGUUCGGCCUCAUCGGUCCAGCUUGACCGCGGCCGUACCUUGCCGAGAGGGGAUAGAUACCUGUGGGGGGUGGUGCCGGUGGCUCAUGCCGGCUUGUCACGCUAACCCCAUCCUGCCCCCCACCAUAGCCUCGCGGUCGUCAUAUCACAGGCCCCUGAGGGCCUCGAGAAAUCGCGAAUCCGCGGCUGACGGAGCGGCAGCACUGCCACCGUGAUCCAGAGAAAGAGGUACCGGUACGCACUCAGGGCCACUGUUCUACCCCAUGUUCUUUGCUUCACCUCUGUACAUAUCGGACCCACAAGGCUUCAGUUUAGAGCACCACUGCCCGAUUAUCUGGUUUCUAGGCACUCAAGUAUAAAGGCCCAGAGCAUCCUGCGUCAAGAUUUUUUGGCCCCCAUCUCACCACUGACCCCGCCCAUCAUAAAACCUCAUCAAGCCCGCUGGCCUUUCCAUGCAUCUUACCCCAACUACCAACUUGAUACAAACGCCAUUUUCUCUUGCAGUUAUGCCGCCAACAACUCGAUCCCAAGCUCAUCGACUCGACACCACUGUGGCGCCGGCGACGGAAUACCAUGACCACAGCGAUACUGAGAGCGAGCUUGAUGAUCUAGACGCCGACAAUAUUGUGCGGUCGCCCUUCACUGGACUCAUGUACGAUAUCAGUCAGCUGCCUACUGGUGACUCGGCCCAAGGUGCCGUGGACAGCCAACAAACACACUCCCGGGUCGAUCCCGGAGACCAGGACCGGGACAUCCAGGGCCGCGUCAGAGAGCUCUUCCGGAAACUCGGCAGCCACGAAUCCCCGCCCAUCAAUCUCCAGUUCUGCGGGCUUGGAGAGGAGGACGGGGGGGAGUUCUAUGCUUUUCAGCUCCGCGAGAUCAUCCCUCUUUCCAUCCGCAUCGGGACGCCCACAAGCAGGUGGUCAGAGCCUCACUGCAGCUGCAGGAAUCGUAAGCCCUGUCAGCACCUUAUAUGGCUCUACGACGCCAUAUCGGGCCUCUCCCUAGACAACCACGACGAUAGCCGUCCCUUGGUCGUCAACAGGGCUGGGGGGAUCCCCGGGAUGGAGGACCCAUUCAGCACGAUAGCAGACUUCCGGCUCGACCUCCUCACCAAGGGUCUCCACUGCGGCGUCGGCAGCUCAUAUGAAUACGGAAAUCGGGACUGGUUCAGAGAGAUGGAGGCCGACGAGAUCCUGUUGGCCCUGGAGGGCUCCGGGUCAGAAGACGACUCUGACCUCGACCACCACCACAGCUACCCGAACCCCAGUAAGCGAAGAAGGCUGGAGGCGCCUCCGCAGAGGAGAAGCCGGCUUGAGAGGACCGUCCGCGAGCUCCUCGUGCAGAACAACGAGGUAUUCUCGGUGUUUCUGAACAUGCUCUCCCCGCGGGACAAGGUGCGCAACCUGUACUCGAGGCUCCAGGACAGGGUUGACGCCGUCCUGCUCGAGCUGAAGCGCUACUCCGAGUCCCUCGCGGACCCGUCCCUGGCCUCGGACCUGGCCAGCACGGGCGCGGACCGCGAGGGUAGGUGCGACGUCGCCUGGGCGUCACGCCACAUCCUCCGGGCCGUCAGCCAGAUCGGGAGCGAGCUCCUGCGGGCGCCGGGGCCGGGCCCCCGCGAGAGGGCGGACGCGGCGCGGGCGCUCAUGCACAUCCUGGAGGCGGUGGUGCUCGGGUACGACGGCGACAUGUACCCGAGCGGCGCCUCGCCCCGCGACCGCAACCUGUACCGCCGCCUCGUCGAGGCGGGCGGGCACGCCGGCGGCCUCUUCGUCGUCGAGCAGCUCGGCCACGUCCUAGACCAGACGCAGCACGCCGACCGGAUCGAGGCCAUCAAGAAGAGGGUGCGCGCCAGGGGGGCCCCCGCCGCGUACCUGGACCGCCUCGAGGAGGUGGCCGCCGGCAUGCGGUCCAUACAGUCCCGCCAGGGGUCCGCGGUGCCGUACAGCCCCUCGGUGAGCAGCAGCGCCGACGACGGGGGCGAGAGUGCUGGGGGUCUGCAGCCCGUUGUUGCUGAUUCUGCUGCCCCCAGCGUACAGGCCACGGCUGGGUUGAAGCGGACGUGGGAGGGUGACUAUUAGCGGAUCGGUUGCUAUCCGUUUACAGAUUCAUGCUCUUUUCCUAUUACCACUUUAAAUUCAGCUUGGCCUGUAAUCUCUCUAUUUUUUUUUCUAUUUUUUUCUUCGCCUUCGUCUGUUCUUCUCUCCCUUGGUUUGGGGUUCCUUUGUUUAGACUAGCGAUGCCUCACGAGAUUCACGUCCACGAAGAUAUUCCCUACUCUCUCUUAAGAGAGACCAAUUCUAUCAUCUCCAUCUUACUGUUAUCAACGCUCCAUCUCCAUUUCUUAUUAAUUUCAUCCCAACUCAGCACUUUCACUCGGUCUGAAUAUCUAGGCAGUCUUAAAUAAAGAAGUUUUCUAGACGAUAAAAACAUGCAGUCAAUAUAGAUAUCCGA